AUGUCUUCAAUCGUCGAUAAUGUCAAGAACACCAUUGCCGAAAACUUCGGUGGCCCAGCCGAAAAGCUCAGUACAAGAGGGUUCACGCUUGAAGAUGUCCCAAGCCUGGAAGGCAAGGUCGGGGUUGUGACUGGUGGCAGCGAGGGUAUCGGUUACGGCAUCACCCACAUUCUACUCAGUCACGACAUCGAGAAGCUGUACAUCCUCUCCUUGUCCGAGGACAUCGUCAGCGACGCCAAGAAGUCUUUCGCUCAGGAACUUGGCCAGGAAAAAGCCGAUCGCAUUGUCUGGAUUAAGUGUGACUUGAGUGACUGGCCUGAGACGAAGAAGUCUGCCGAGCAGAUCAAGAACUCGACCGAUCGUCUGGAUAUCCUCGUCAACAACGCCGGCCGGGGCAUCAUGACCUAUCAGCUCACAGACUACGGUGUCGAUCGCCACAUGGCGGUGAACCACUUUGGCCAUGUCAUCCUCACCACCUACCUUCUCCCACUUCUUAAAGAGACCUCCAAGAAGCACGGUUUAACCCGGAUUGUGAACCAGUCUUCAAACACUCACCAGGCGGCACCGAAAGACACCAAAUUUGACAGUUUAGAUGACCUCAACCAGGAUCUCGGUCCCAACGCUCAGUACGGCAGAAGCAAACUUGCAAAUCUUCUGUACACUCGGUACUUUGAUCGAAAUGUCACAAGGAAGGGAUUUCCUGACCUGAUCGUCAAUGCUACUCAUCCGGGGUUCGUGAGUACGAGACAAAGCACGGAACACAUCCAUGAACCCUACCCUCUAGCCGGAUACAUGAUGUCCACAGUCAUGGAACCUUUCAAGAAGGACCAGUUCGAGGGUGCUACAAGUGCCGCUUACGCUGCCACGGUGACACACCUUACAGGACAAUACCUCUGCUGUCCUGCCGUGCCCGAGCAUGGAACCAACCUCUCUCAAGAGGUGAAAUUGGCAGAGGAUCUGAUGGAGCUGACAAGAAAGGUCAUUAGUGACAAGUUUGAGCCCUUUGACGAUAGAAAGUUUUAG